UUACCCGUAUUUUUGUGACAACACAGCAGAUUGCCGUUUUCUCGUUUCUUAAAGAUGUAUUAAAUUAAAGUCGUUUAUUUAAACAUUAUACCACGCGCAACAGUGUGCAGCAGACAACCUGUGCAAAUAGGACCAGCGUCGACCUGCUCGACGACGUAGCAGGAAGCGUCGUGCGUUGUGAGAUUUACACGAUUCCCAAUUAUGAUACCGCUGUCGCACAAGGACCGCAAUAGCUUCGGCUACCGGGUCAAAGAGAAGCUAAACAGCUGGAAGCGCCUCAUUUUCUCGGAUCGAAAUUCACGCAAUUUGUUUCUGUUUCUGCUGCUCAAUCUGAGUUUCGCCUUCGUUGAGCUCUUCUAUGGCAUUUUGACAAACAGCCUGGGUCUGAUCUCGGACUCCUUUCACAUGUUCUUCGAUUGCACGGGUCUCCUGGCCGGUCUUGCUGCCUCGGUUAUAACCAAGUGGAAGGCAAACGACAAGUUCUCCUAUGGAUAUGUGCGUGCCGAAGUGCUGGCGGGUUUCGUCAAUAGUCUGUUCCUGCUCUUCAUCGCCUUCUUCAUAUUGUCCGAGGGCGUAGAGCGGCUAUUGGAGCCUCCAGAGGUGAAGCACGAGCGUCUGUUUGUGGUGUCUGUGCUGGGACUGCUGGUGAACCUUGUCGGCAUUUAUGCGUUCAAUCAUGGCGGUGGUCAUGGGCACUCGCAUGGCGGCGGCGGCGGUGGACACGGCCACUCCCACGGCGGUGGCGCCUCCAAUCACGGGCACUCCCACAGCCACAACGAAAUCAGCAAUCAUAAUCACGAGGCCAUCACCUUGGAUAAUGGUCAUGGCCACUCGCACGACCACGACAGCCACGGGCACUCGCACGGCGACAUGGGUGGCAGCAAUUCGCAGAUUAUGCGCGGCGUCUUCCUGCACAUUCUGGCCGACACCCUCGGCUCGGUGGGGGUCAUCAUAUCAGCGGUUUUGAUGCAAAUGUUCGGCUGGAUGAUUGCGGAUCCAAUUUGCUCGAUUUUCAUAUCCCUGCUCAUUGGGCUCAGUGUGCUGGGCCUGAUCAAGGAGUCGAUAUUGAUAUUGAUGCAGCGACAACCAUCAGGGUUGGAUCGGUCACUGCCGCAGUGCUACCAGAAGGUAACCGGCCUGGCCGGCGUCUAUGCCGUGCAGGAGCCACACUUCUGGACGCUCUGCUCCGAUGUCUAUGUGGGCGCCCUCAAGCUGGAGGUAUCCAAGAAUGUCGAUCCCAAGUACGUGGUGACGCAUACGAGGAUGAUCUUCGAGUCUGUGGGCGUCAAACAGAUCUACAUACAGCUCGACUAUGUAUGAUGCAGCGGAACAUAAUCUAGCCCCUUGUACAUGUAUAUUUAACAGCGCGUGUUGUAUGUUUGUGUAGUUCGUUCGACCGAGAUGAUAAUGAAUUCUUUUAUCCAAAUUUUAGUUCUUACUCUUGGCGAUGCCAGCACACCCACAUACCUUCCACAAUCCCCUCCAGCAAUGUGUAAUCCCAAAUUGUAUGAGUAAUAUUUUUUUCGGAUUUUGUUAACUUAUUUGUUGAGAAGCUAAAAUGCGUUCGGCAUUCAUUCCAUUUAUACUGAAAGCAUUACAAAACGAAACAUAACAAAAAAUGUGUGUGUUUAGAAGGGCAGCCGGUGCUGUCGGUUAUCUAGAAGCAUAGUGUAAUUGUAAUAUAAGCGAAAGAACCUGUGCAAGAGUAAAUCUAUAUAGUCUCUUUUUUAUAUCUUUGUUUUUAAAAUCAGCAUGAUCAAAAGCCAGAAGCAUACAUAUACAUUACCUACCUACAAAUAGUAUCUAUGUAGUUUGACUGACAUUUCCAAAAGAAAACACAAACACGAUCCCCUGUGGUAAAUGGGGGAUACUACGAAUUGAGUCAACUAACUGUUCCUGUCACAGUUUGCAGCAUCAAAAUUAUGAACGAAAUAAAAUAUAAUUUGUUAUUAGCAUUUUUAUACGUAAACCGAA